AAUAUAAAAAGGAAGGGAGUUGAGAAUCGAAGGGAGGAAAUUGACCAACUUCCAACCGAAAACUACCUUCCAUUUCUGGUGAUUGAAGCUUUCUUGCAGCAUAAAAAAAUUUAGUUGAGAUGUCGAGUUUGGAGGAGCCCCUUGUUUUGGACAAAUUGCCAAGCCUAAGCACCAUCCAUCUUUCUCGAAGGUCCUCAUCCAAGCGUUGCAGCACCAGCGGAGAUCAGGAGACCGGUUUGGGAAACUGCUGGAUUGAAUGUGGAUCAUCCAAUAGCUAUGAGGAAGAGCUAAAAGAAUACAGGCAAGGAGCUUUCAGUUGGAGACAUCAUACAAGAGAGAAUGAUAUUGUGUGGGAAAGCAAAGGAAGGAACUUUGAAGUACAUGGAAACCGCUGUCGUUCACAACAUAUAGCAAACCUUCAGCAUAGCUCCUACUGCAAUGAUGCACGCCCAAGGGACAUAACAAAGAAGAUUUUUAAAGGCAUGCCGAAGUAUGUGAAGAUAGUGGAAGUUGGUCCAAGGGAUGGUUUACAGAAUGAGAAGAAUUUGGUAUCUACUUCAGUGAAGAUAGAAUUAAUUCAUAGGCUUCUUUCUGCUGGUUUAUCUGUUGUUGAGGCCACAAGCUUUGUUUCACCUAAAUGGGUGCCUCAGCUGGCAGAUGCAAAGGAAGUUGUUGAAGCAGUUAAAAACUUGGAAGCUGGAAGAUUGCCUGUAUUGACACCAAACUUAAAAGGUUUUGAAGCUGCUGUUGCAGCCGGAGCAAAGGAAAUAGCGGUUUUUGCUUCAGCUUCUGAGUCUUUUUCAAAGGCAAACAUUAAUUGCACUAUAGAACAAAGUCUUGCACGUUACCGUGAUGUUAUUCAUGCUUCAACAAAGCUCUCAAUACCUGUUCGUGGGUAUGUAUCAUGUGUGAUUGGGUGCCCAGUUGAAGGUUCAAUUAGUCCAUCAAAAGUUGCAUAUGUUGCGAAACAACUUUACGACAUGGGUUGUUGUGAAAUUUCGCUUGGUGAUACAACCGGAAUCGGUACACCAGGAACCGUAAUUCCUAUGCUUGAAGCAGUCAUGGAAGUUGUCCCCAUUGAAAAGCUUGCAGUUCACUUUCAUGACACUUAUGGCCAAUCUCUUCCCAACAUCUUAGUAUCCCUCCAAAUGGGAAUAAGUGUAGUUGAUGCAUCAGUAGCGGGAUUAGGAGGAUGCCCGUAUGCUAAGGGAGCUUCGGGGAAUGUUGCCACCGAAGAUGUGGUGUACAUGCUUAACGGGCUUGGUAUCAAAACCAACGUUGAUCUGCAAAAGCUCUUGCAAACAGGUGACUUCAUUUGCAAUUAUUUGGGCCGUCCAUCGGGAUCAAAGGUUGCUGUCGCCUCUAAAAUAUGAUGUUUCUACGACAUGUUGGGUAUUUAUUUCUAAUAUAUAUAUUGGAAUAAGUAGGAUUUCGAUAUGAAACCCAUAUAUAUAACAAGAUGCUUGUUUCUAGGUGUUAGAAUUAUCUAGAACCUCAUUAAAUUACUCUUUAAAAGAGUCAUUGAUAAGAGAAAGGGGUUUUUCAACAAUAUAUGAAAGAGAAAGUGUCCAAGUUU